CUCAGACUCAAACACAGCGCGAGGCAGAGAGAUGCUCAGCUCGCUCACCCACCUUGGAGACACGAAGUAAUUGGAAAUAAAAGACGUCAUCAUGCCGUCACUCCCUCAGAUCUCCAAAACCAGCAAGCCUCUCUUGGUCUGUUUGGCCAAUCUCCUCCUGAUCCCUCUCCUCCUCACUUCCUCUGCCGUUAACGGGGCUUCGCUCAGAGACCACAGGCUGCGGGGAAGUGAACCCGACCCCCAGAGAGGAGAUGCCCUUGAGGCACCCAAUGCAGACAUGCUGAAAGCCCUAGAGUACAUCCAAACUCUCAAUCAAAAAGCCCCUGUAGGGGCGGGGCAUGACGUYGAUCGCACAGAUGACGCCGAGAAGCUGAGUGCCAUGCUGAGACUGGCUUUUAACCCAAUGCAGAGCAAAGAUGAUGAGGGGGAGGAGCAGGAGGAGGAGAAAGGGGAGAAUAAGAGUGAAGAGCUGCUCCAGGCAGUGCUCAGCACUCUCCAGCAAACAGAGCAGGCCUCCAGGCCCCUCCAUCCCGUCACGAAGGGGACAGGCGCGAGUCCUGGCUCGUUUCCCAGGGUGCCGCAGGAGCAACGCACCAUCGUGCCCCACAAGAAGCUGCCUUUGAUGUUCGAAGAYGAGGAAGAAGGUGRGGAAGAGGACAGAGAGGGGCCCAGGCGUGAGAGCCUCCUGAAACGCACCAAUGAGAACGUGGAGGAGAAGUACACGCCUCAGAACCUGGCCACGCUGCAGUCGGUGUUCGACGAACUGGAUAAGCUGACCRGUUCCAAGAUCCUUCAUAAGCGCCAAGAUGAGGGCGAUGAUGUGGAGGACAAUGAGGAGGAGGAGGAAGAUGUGUUUAAUGUGAGGAAUGCAGAAUAUGACGACAUGGAUGGGGAGCUUGCAGACUGGGGUCCUCCAGAAGAACAGGACGAGGAAGAUGAGGAAGAAAGCGACAACAAACAAGAGUUGGAUCGAGGGCUUGAUUAUAUCGACGACAACGAUGGCGAAGCUGAUGAAGACGAUGAUGAUGAAAGAUAUCCGGUGAAACGGUCAAGCGAUCCAGACGACAUGGCCAAUUUGAUGGACUACUACCUCCUGAAGGUUCUGGAGAACACAGAGGAGGAAGAGCAGAAACGAGAGAUUGAAGAAGAGGAAAGRGCUGAGAGGAGGGUGGCUCAGACUCGAGGUAACGUCGAUCCACGGCUCAUCUACCAGCUCCUCACCAUCUCCCAAAAAUACCACAUCCCACCUGCAGACCUGAUGGAACUGCUCAAAACUGGAGGCCGGACGAAUCAAGACAAGUUGCGAAAGAACARCGGACUGUCCAGAGCCGAGAGCAGGCUGGCCCAGAUGUCCUCCAGRAAGACAGUGAAGUUUCCAGAAUCUAAAUUCWACAGCAGACGUCCGCURUACGAACAAAAGACCCCAGAGGAGCUGAGAACGCAAGAGAUUCUCAAAAUCCUGGGUCUGGAAGGAACGGAGGAUCCAACUCCCACCAGAGGCCAGAGGCAGCACAAGAGCUCCCCGUCACGACUUCACGCUUCCCCUGCCGGGCGUCCGGGGGAAUCCGCUCCCACGCAGUGGCGCCUUCCCAACACACUCAGAGACGACUACGACGACACGGUGGACGAGGAUGAACUUGCAGCUUACUUGGCAGCUCAGAUGCUGGCGCGGUAUCCCAAGACCGCUUUUAGCAACAACAAGAAGGCGACUCAGAAGCGAGGUGACGUCGAACAGAGCAUGGCGGGCUCGUUUGAGAAGGCGCUAGAGGAAUACUUUGAUCUGAUGGACAGAGAGAAAAACCCAAAGAGACAGUCGGAGGAGGACAGAACGGGCGAGGAGACACAAAUGCAAGGCUCUGAGAAYGAGGCGGUGAUGAAAGUGCUGAGCUACCUGAACCCAGAAACAGAAGAAAGUGAGGCCAAAACUGCCAAAUGAAUGUAAAUAAGGUUGUAGAUACAUAUAAAUAUAUAUUGUUUUAGAGGAGCGAGGAUAAAAAGAAAGUAUUUUGAAGAAAACACAGUCAAAUUAUGUUAUUCUGUAGUUUUACAAAAAUAUUAUUUACUAAGGGGGGAAAUGAGUGUUCACAUUUUUAUUUGUAUUUCUGAAUAAAAACAGGUUGCCUGACAUAUGAACACGUCUUACCGGCCUUACAAUUACACACAGAGUCAAAAUCAGUGUUACAUCUCCAGAUUCACUUGUGGUUUUUGUAAAUAUUUCUUAAAUGUGCUCUUAUGUGACAUACUUGAGGUUAAUAAAGCAUUGACUUUAUUUUUC